GUGAAGAGGCCCGGCCCUGCCAGGGAGGCGGGCGGAUCCGUGGCAGUGACCAGAAGGGGCCGGAAGGGGGUGGCCGCCGGCCGGGCCCCGCCCUGGGGCCGCCUCCCCGCGGGUUCCGUUGGCUGUGGCGGCAGCUGACGCUUGUGGCGGCGGUGGCUUCGGGGUGGGCGUAAGAUGGCGACAGCAGCGCAGGGACCCCUAAGCUUGCUGUGGGGCUGGCUGUGGAGCGAGCGCUUCUGGCUACCCGAGAACGUGAGCUGGGCUGAUCUGGAGGGGCCGGCCGACGGCUACGGUUACCCCCGCGGCCGGCACAUCCUCUCGGUGUUCCCGCUGGCGGCGGGCAUCUUCUUCGUGAGGCUGCUCUUCGAGCGAUUUAUUGCCAAACCCUGUGCACUCCGUAUUGGCAUCGAGGACAGUGGUCCUUAUCAGGCCCAACCCAAUGCCAUCCUUGAAAAGGUGUUCAUAUCUAUUACCAAGUAUCCUGAUAAGAAAAGGCUGGAGGGCCUGUCAAAGCAGCUGGAUUGGAAUGUCCGAAAAAUCCAAUGCUGGUUUCGCCAUCGGAGGAAUCAGGACAAGCCCCCAACGCUUACUAAAUUCUGUGAAAGCAUGUGGAGAUUCACAUUUUAUUUAUGUAUAUUCUGCUAUGGAAUUAGAUUUCUCCGGUCGUCACCUUGGUUCUGGGACAUCCGACAGUGCUGGCAUAACUAUCCAUUUCAGCCUCUUUCAAGUGGGCUUUAUUACUAUUAUAUCAUGGAAUUGGCCUUCUAUUGGUCCCUUAUGUUUUCUCAGUUUACAGACAUUAAAAGAAAGGACUUCCUGAUCAUGUUUGUGCAUCACUUGGUCACCAUUGGGCUUAUCUCCUUCUCCUACAUCAACAAUAUGGUUCGAGUGGGAACUCUGAUCAUGUGUCUACAUGAUGUCUCAGACUUCUUGCUGGAGGCAGCCAAACUGGCCAAUUAUGCCAAGUAUCAGCGGCUCUGUGACACCCUUUUUGUGAUCUUCAGUGCUGUUUUUAUGGUUACACGACUAGGAAUCUAUCCAUUCUGGAUUCUGAACACGACCCUCUUUGAGAGCUGGGAGAUAAUCGGGCCUUAUGCUUCAUGGUGGCUCCUCAAUGGCCUGCUGCUGACCCUACAGGUUCUGCAUGUCAUCUGGUCCUACCUAAUCGCACGGAUUGCUUUGAAAGCCUUGAUCAGGGGAAAGAUGGAAUCUCGCUCUGUUACCCAGGCUGGAGUGCAAUGGCACGAUCUUGGCUCACCACAACCUCCACCUCCUGGGUUCAAGCGAUUCUCCUGCCUCAGCCUCCCUAGUAGCUGGGAUUACAGGCGCAUGCCACCAUGCCUGGCUAAUUUUUGUAUUCUUAGUAGAAACGGGGUUUCGCUAUGUUGGCCAGGCUGGUCUCUAACUCCUGACCUUGUGAUCUGCCCACCUCGGCCUCCCGAAGUGCUGGGAUUACAGGCGUGAGCCACCGCACCUGGCCUGCCUGUUUUACCUUUUAAGAUGUGACUUAGACGCAAGAGGAAAGUUCUGCCUUCUUCCUGUCCCUUAGGAAUGGCUUUUGUUAAAGGAUGAUAGGGUUAAGAGUUUUUUAAGAGAUGGCCUCAACCAUUUCCUAUCCCUUACCUACCUGCUUCAGUGGAUUUCAUAUUUUUCUUUUUGACAUGGGGCCCUUUUCAAAGGAAAUCAUAUGCAGAACCAUAUAAACUGUAUAAAAGCAGAUUGUUAAGUUGCCUAGAAGUGGUGUGUGGUAGUUCACAAGCCACCACAAGGUGACCAUGCUGUGAUAUUCAAGAUAUGGUUUAUAUAAGGAACUAAAUACCCACCUCACCCCACUAGUGUAUGAGGCAAGUGUCCUAAGUGAAUGGGUAUGUAGUGUUUCAAAUACCCAUCUUAUGCCAAGAGCGAAAGAAAGGUGCCACUUAAUGAUAAACUCAUAAUUGAACUUUGCAAGUUUUGAAGCAGUCAGACUGUAGUCAAAGGGCUAGGGAUUUCAGCCUAAAGGAAUACAGAAUCCCAAGUGGGAGGGGCUCUGCUUGAGCAGGUACUGAUACUAGGACCAAGUGAUGGAAUGUGGCCUAGAUAUUGAUGAUCUCCUGCAUCAUUAUUCCUUAUAGCUGCCAUUGGCUCAGAACUUGCUCAGUGUGCCUGUGCAUCUUGCUGUAGCUACUGGACAUCUCUGUUCUCUCCUGCUUUUCUUUCCU